UAGAUUCCUUUGCAAGGUCUUUCAUUAAUUAUUAUCAUGGCAACAAACGAGGAUAUAGGCUCUAGCCAAGUUGAGAUUUCAGGCGAAGGUUACGACAAAAAGUGUAUAUUUUGUAAAAUAGUUAACAAAGAAAUGGGCACAGAGCUUCUUCAUUCGGACGAGGAAAUCUCCUGUUUCAAAGACAUCAGGCCUGGAGCACCCCAUCACUACCUUGUCGUGCCCACCAGACACGUUGGCAACUGUAAAUCACUAAGCAAAGCGCACGUGCACCUGGUGGAGCGCAUGGUGGAUACUGGGAAGAAGAUACUGCUGGAGAACAGAGUGACAGACCUCAGCGAUGCCAGGUUUGGUUUCCACUUGCCUCCUUUCUGUUCUGUCAGUCACCUGCACCUGCAUGUCCUGGCUCCUGCCAGUCAAAUGGGCCUGAUGUCCCGCCUCUUUUACCGCCUCAACUCUUAUUGGUUCAUCACAGCAGACCAGCUAAUUGAACACCUGAACUCCAAAGGAGUGCCAAAUUAAGUGAAAAACAUAAUUACAUCAUUUGAAGCUGAUUUUGGGCUCGAGUCUGAUUGUGUGAGAAGGUAUGUGCAUGUGAGGAAUGUGUGUGUGGGUGAGCUUUUAUAUAUGUGUUUGAUGACUAGUAGGGGUGCUAUUGCCAUGAUGACAAACAUAAUUUUUUUUGUCGUAUCAAGUCAAUCAAACUCAAUCAAAAAUAUAUCUUUUGAGCUGUUUUAAAAUUGGCCACCAAAAGAUGCAUGGAAACGUACAGCAUGUUUGUGAAAUGAUUGUCAAUACAUCGAUCUUAUAAGUAAUGACAAAUGUUCCAAGUUUGACCUGUAAAAAGAUCAAUAGAGGUCUCUUUCAUCCCAUUAUAUUUGUGUCUGUCAGGGAGCACAGUCAACAAAGGACACUCAUGAGCAUGUAGCAACAUUUGUUGUAGAAUAUUGUCAAGUUAAUUAUUAUACAGCUGAAUGUUGAAGUGAAUGACAAUGUAUUCUUGACUGAGUGCUACAUUACAAUAAAAUGUGUUUUAUCUAUUGA